GAAAGAAGGGAAGUGACGUAGGUGAGUUCCAUACGCUUACAGUGGCUGCAACAAGAUGAGGGCAUAUAGCAUUAAACACACAUAUUUGUGAAAGUGGUAAAUCCCACUUGGAGAUAUACGCUCUACGCCUGCGAACUUUUACACGUAUCUUGCUGAUUUUGUUAACGAAACCCUGGACUGGUGCGUUUUUGGAAAAAGAGGAACACAAAGUUGGGGAAACAGGUACUACAGACUUGUAUUUCAGCAUGGCCUUAAUGAAUAUACGUGGCAGUCAUUCAAAUAUCUCUUUUAUAAUUAAUGCUUGUAGAAGAGCUGCAAACGUCAGUAUACCUUUCAGAUGCAUUAAGAAGGGAAAAAGGUUUUUGCACAACUUCCCCUAUAGUUAUUACACGCCAAAGAAGGACUGUAUAUUUGCAUAUUUAUUCUGCAGAAAAUACCAUGCAGUUAUCUUGAACCCGCCAUAUUCUAUUGCUGGGUGCUCAGUCCGUCACCAUGGAGACAACGGGACCACCAAUAAUAGCAUUACUAAACAGAAAGCAGUUGAAAAUAAAUUUUUUUCAGACCUGAGAUAUGCCCAUUCUUGCACACAAGUAUUUAAACUGCUGAGCUCUCUUGAGGUGUUAACUGAUACUAUGGCAGCUGCAGCCUUGCUUAGAGUUGCACAAGUUGAGACAAAAGAUAGCAUACUUACAAGCCCAAGUGAUAUAUUUGACAAUAUGAUUUUCAAAGCUAUCUGUUUACAGUUUGAACAAGAGUCAAAAAAGUUAUCUACAGCAGCUAUUGUCAAUGCCUUAAAAGCUUUUGUUCAACUGCGCGUCGAUCCAUGGAGUACUCUAAUGGUACGUUUGUUAUCUGAAAGCCAAGAGCGAGUCGACAAAGGAGAGAUGAAUAUACAGAACCUUUGCAUUCUAGGAAGAUGCUUAUUAGAAAUAGAAGGACCAGAAUGUGCAAUGCUUAAACCAGUUAUGGAUCAAGUGAUACAAAAGAAAAUUAAUGACUGGACUCCUGAGGAAAUAUCUAUGGUUUAUGGGUUAUUGCAAGCUGGACUCGGAGAAAAAGGACAAUACCAAGACCUGUUAAAUCAAAUGCAUGAAGUCACAGUUUUCAAGGCCUCACAAAUGAAUCCAGCAUUAAUUAGUUCUGUACUUACUUCUUUAGUAGAGCUUAAACAAACACAAGCAAUUCCAUUAGUAAUAAGACUGUGCAAAAAUUCUGUAAGAUAUAUGCCUCAUUUCACUGAUGAAGAGCUUAUGAAUGUAAUAGUGGCCUUAACUAACUUUGGGCACAGUGACAAAUAUUUUACAGAGGCUUUGGAGAGACAUAUUCCUAGAAUGGUUUUUACUAUGUCACCAGAAUUGGUCAGUAGAAUUAUGGGAUACUGCAGCAAGAGACUGAUCCUUUCCAAGCCAAUAUUUGAUGCAGUAGCUGAAAGCUUUGUGUAUAAUUCAGAAAAAUUGACUACUCUACAAAUUGCACAACAGAUUAUACCUUUUGGAAAACUGAACUACUUGCCUCCUAAUGCAGCUUCUAUGUUUAGGCGGCUUGAAAAAAUUCUGAGCAGCCGUUUUUCCCAGUUCCAGCCACAAAUUUUGCUCAAGCUACUGCAUUCAUGCUUACUUCUAGAGCGAUUUCCUGUCAAUUUUGUGGCAAAGAUCUUCAGUCCGUAUUUCAUUCAGCAAUUGCAAGAUCAAUCAGGAAAUGUGGAUAAGUUUGUCUUAUGUCAGCUGACCCAGCUGUACCUUACUGUUAUGUUGGAGUGUCCGUUUUAUGAGGGUCCAAGACUUCUUCCAAAGUACAGAGUAAAAUCUUUGUCUGCAUCUGGACAUUCACUAGAAACCAUGGUUGAUGAUCAUCUUUACAACAGAGUCAAGUCUGGUCUUAUUGACCUGCUAGGGGCACGAAUGUAUUUUGCAUCUCAUGUGCUGUCUCCUUACUGUUACACUUUGGAUGUAGAAAUCAAACUGGAUGAAGAAGGGUUCGUGUUGGCAGCUUCCAGCCAUGAAGAGGUUCACAAAAGAAUAGCACUCUGUAUCGAUGGUCAAAAACGGUUCUGUUGCAACACCCAUAUUCUUAUUGGAAAAGAAUCUAUUAAACAAAGACAUUUGCGGUUGCUUGGUUAUGGAGUUGUACAGAUUCCAUACUAUGAGUUUGACAACCUAAGUAAUAAAGAAGAAAUUGUUGAGUAUCUUCACAAGAAAGUGUUUCCUCAUACAUACAGACUUAAUUGGUGACAUUGUCUCACAGUUGUGCAUUAUUUCUACUUAGAGGGUUAUGUGCUUUCUAUAAUCACUUAUCGGAUCUUUUGAUAAUUAAAUAGUGAAUUUUAUUUAGUUUGUAUAAAACUGUGUAAAUGUGUCUUUGUACAAGGAGUACUGUACUUAAAUUUUCUUUAUUUAGAGAAUUUAGUUUUUGGAGGCCAAGCUUCAUUUAAAGUGACUUUGAGGAUGCACAUUCUGGCACUUUACUAUUUUACUUGUACUAGUGUAUUAAUCAACCAGACAUUAGCUUACAUCAUAUUAUGAUAGACAAAAUAAUAAAUUGUUACUAUCCUGUAAGUUACUAUCCUUCUUCGGAUUUUUUUUAAGAAGGUUCACUGACUGUAGGCUCUACUACAUAAAUAUGUGCUGUUUAUCUUUUAAUUUUUUAUGAAUAACUUAUGGAUUCAAAACCUUUUGUUCUCCUUCAUGUGGUCUUUUUGUUUUUUGUCUAUAAACCAGAACAUAAAAUAUAAACUGUAGUUUUUGAACAUAAAAUAUAAACUGUAGUUUUUGAUACGGCUAUGAAAACUAAUUUUAGAAUUUUUAAUUCUAUAACUAACAAAGACUAAUCCCAAAAAGUUUUGAAAGUGUGGCUCCAUUAAAAAAUAUUUGGUCAUAA